AUGGUGUUUGUGGUGUUUUGUGGUCUUUAUGGUCUAUAUACAAGAAGGGAAAUCGGAUGUUCUGCAAUGUUUUGCUCUGAUGGAAGAUUGGAAGGAGGAGAAGUAGAUCUCCAGGGUUCUCAGGAGGAGGAACGAGGUUCAUAUGCAGGAGGACAACGUCAAUGUGUCAUGAUUGGUAUCUCUGUCUUUUUGAAAGAAGGGUGA